AUGUGCAUCGCAUUAAUUUCCACAGCUCACCCCUCCUAUCCUCUGAUCGUUAUCGAUAACAGGGAUGAAUUCCUCCGUCGUCCAACAUCCUUCGCCGACUGGUGGCCGGAACCCAGCACCAACGUUCUUGGAGGCAGAGAUCUGGCUCGAGCCACACAUGGGACAUGGAUGGGGCUUACAAAAGAAGGGAAAAUAGCCGUGCUGACCAACUAUCGGGAGACUACAGCGGAUGAGCCUAGUGGGGUACACAGUCGAGGCCUGAUUGUCAACAACUGGCUUACAGCGGACCCCGAGCAAAGGCAAUCCACCAGAGAUUUCGUGCAGGGAAUGGUAGCCUCGUCCGAGAUCAAAAAUGUCGGCGGAUUCAGCCUGGUUUGUGGUUAUGUCAAUGAGCCGCUAGCCAUCGUAUCGAACCGGUCAGCCAAUAUGGACGAGAUCUCUUGGGUUGCCACAGAAAAGGGUCAGACAUUGGGACUCAGUAACACGACGUUCGGCGAUCGCUCCUGGCCAAAGAUCCUCGACGGGGAAAAGCUGAUGAAUGAGGCCAUCAAUGCGCAUGCGCAAGCGGGUGAAGACGAAGAUCAACUCAUCAACCGGCUACUUCAAGUCCUGAGCAGGGAUACUCUCCCCAGGCUCUCGGGAGACGCCACUUUGGAAACCUACCUCCUCCUGCUACGACAAAGUAUCUUCGUCCCAGUUAUUGGAGCACGGGCAGAGAAACCUAGGGCAGCCGACGAGGUUGCUGCAGCUCGCGAUACGGACAGGGUUCCAGUCGAAAGUCAACCGCCGCAUGAUUCGCUGGACAAGUCAUUCUUGCAGGGCGCAUACGGAACUCAGAAACAGACCGUGGUGCUCGUAAGUGCGAAUGGAAGAGUGAGAUACUUUGAACGUACGCUCUAUGAUAAUGAUGUAAAUGCAAUUCCCACCGGCAAAGGCGAUAGGUCAUUUGAGUUCCACGUCAGCCGAUAA